AUGGGUGACGCUAGCCUGGUCGUGUACAACGAAGAUGGCACACCGGAUCCCACCACUGUGAUCCCUUUGGUCGACGGUGGUACCGAAGGAUUCAAGGGCCAUGUACUGGUUGUGCUCUAUGGUCUAACAGGCUGUGUGGAGUGUUCAUUAGAUUUGUAUCCGCCCCAACUGAAUUUUCCUCUCUGCACUAUUGCCCACACGCCCCGUUUACCGGAACAUUGUGUGGAGUACAUACGGAUACUCUUGUGGCCGAAAGAACAACCCUUCGGAGUCAUAUCCAUUAUUGCUUACAAUUUGUGGAAUUCGGAUUUCUACCUUGCGUUGACCGCUUUUCUAAAAAGUAAAACGCUUGGCGAUGAACAUUUGCCGUAUGCGUUGCAUGAUAUUCCAGACGCCUUUCGGUUGUCCGAUUCAUGCGGUUGGCCAGAAGGAUUUCCACAAGCGAACAUUUCCGUCUUCGAUCCUUCUGCCACGGUUGAUUGUAUUUUCCGUCAUUACAAACUCACACGUACAAGUCCAUUGGCGAAUAUUGCUGUGAAUCAGGGUGUUGUUGUGGUGUUUCUCAGUUUAUAUGUCUUUUAUAUGAAACUGGAGUUGGUAACGACAUUCUUUAAGCUGGAACGACAUGAGGAAUUGUUUACUACUAUCUACAAUAACUCACGUCUUCGGACGCAUUGGUAUAACAGUUUCUCGAUGUUUUCACGAUGGCUGAAGAUUCCGAUCUCCUGGAUCGCUCAACUAAAGCACUCAGCUGUCGCUCGCACAACUGGUUACGUUAUCAAUCAGAUGUGCAUCAUUUCUGGCCAGAUGCUGUCAUCAUUUUUCAGUCAGUCGGCAAGUCUUGUUCCAUUCUUAAGACGAAUCGGCCGCCUUCUUACUGGACGAACAAUGUUCUGGGGUGAACAGCCCCAGAAGAAGCACUCCGUUCCUAAUCUCUCUCAACUGACUCCAUCCGACUCUGAGAUUUUUCACAGUAUGGACGAAUCGUCUUAUUCGUUGGUCCGGAAACCCUCGGAAUUCAAACAGUUACUCCAUGUUCCUCGUACUCCUACGUCUCCGCCGUCAUUCUUGUUGUGUAACCAAUCGUUUACAACCGGGCACUACCCAGUUCGUAGACGUCACUUCGUUCUCGACUGGCUCGGAUUGGACUACGAUAGACGAUUUGGUGUUCUGGAAGAAUUUAUCAGUUUAAAUUCUAGCCCCGUUUCAAACUCAUAG